AUGGUCGCGGGAUCAGAAGAAGUCACCUACCGGAAGGAGGGUCGUGUUGCUAUCAUCACCCUCAACCGACCAAGCAAACUCAAUGCCAUGAACCAACCCCUCUAUUACCGUAUCUCCUGCCUUCUGAGAGACAUUGCGCAAGACCCAACUGUCAGCGUGACGGUCAUUACUGGCGAGGGUCGAUUCUUCUCAGCUGGUGCUGAUGUGAACACGACCAGACCUGGUGCUGAUAGUUCCCAAGAUAAAGAUGCUUCGAGAAAUGAUAUUUUGAAGGGCUUCGUUGCCAACAACCUCGACAUCACCCGAUCAUUCUACACACACCCUAAGAUUUUAGUUGGAGCUCUCAAUGGGCCGACUGUGGGUUUGUCGGCAGCAUUGUUGGGCUUCUGCGACUUCAUUUACGCUACACCUCAUACAUUCCUGUUGACGCCCUUUUCAUCACUUGGCCUUGUCGCUGAAGGUGGUGCCUCACUUGGCCUGGUCCAAAGACUUGGCAUAACCAAGGCCAAUGAAGCAUUGAUCAUGUCUCGCCGAAUCCCCAUUGAUGAGCUCGUCGCCACUGGCUUCGUGACCAAAGUGUUUAGCGGCAAAGACAAGAAUGACAGCACUGGCUUCUUGAAGCAAGUCCUAGCCGAGAUUGAUGACAAGUUGGGAGACCACUUGAACCAGGAGAGUCUGAUUGGUAUCAAGCAGUUGAUCCGGGCGCCAUAUCUAGAAGCUUUGGAAGCCCAAGGUGUUCGGGAAGUGAUGGCAGGUAUGCAGCGAUUUGUCACCGGGGCUCCUCAAGAAGAAUUCAGGAAGAUCGCCAGCGGAGAGAAGAAGCACAAACUGUAA